AAAACUUCGAAAUUCGAUAACCAAUGAGAAUUACAGAUUAUAGUAACGCGUUUUGAUUGGAUAAAACAUCUGCAUCGCAAAACCGCGUUACGAUAAUGCAAGUUCACAUUACGUAAAGUAACCUGAUGAUUAUACUUCAAGUCAAACGAGUUUCGAAACCGAGCUCUGUGAUUGGUCGAUAGAAAUACAACGCGAAACAACGUUAAGUACCCAUGAAUAUGAUAGUUUAGCAACAUUCAAUUUAUUCUGACAAUACUGAAACCUGAUUGGUAGUUCUUUUUUUGGUGAUUUCGUAUAUAUAUUGAUUUUACUAUUUACGGACAUCAUUUGUGUUUAUUGCGUGUACUAGUAGUACGUACUAUUCACGAUGGCUCCUCCGAAAAGUACCGGUAAAGCUGUGAAGAAAGCGGGUAAAGCCCAGAAAAAUAUUAAAAAGGACGACAAAAAGAAACACAAGAAAAGGAAAGAAUCCUACGCUAUCUACAUCUACAAAGUGUUGAAGCAGGUUCAUCCUGAUACCGGUGUUUCUUCUAAGGCGAUGAGUAUCAUGAACAGUUUUGUUAAUGAUAUUUUCGAACGUAUUGCCGCUGAAGCUAGCAGAUUAGCUCAUUACAAUAAGCGUUCUACCAUCACUAGUCGGGAAGUUCAAACUGCCGUCCGUUUAUUAUUACCUGGAGAAUUGGCGAAACACGCUGUAUCCGAAGGUACUAAAGCAGUUACCAAGUACACUAGUUCGAAGUAAACUGCUAACUUCAAGCAACUACUUAAAACGGCCCUUUUCAGGGCCAUCAAUUGAAUUUCUUCUCAAUAUGAUGUACCUACACAGGAUUGAAUGGAACCAACGCUGUUAAGUGGGUAAAUAAAUAAUUAGUAAACUUUUCAGAA